ACAAAAAGCAGUAGUCCAGAACAAACUAUUUUUUUAGUGGAAGAUUUCUUUCACUUUUCGUAGUUCGUUUCUUCUGUCAAUGGAUCUGUCUUUCACCCUCAGAUUCCGCCCACCUAACCCUCCUCUCUCUCGCCGGAAACUGGAAUCUCCGAUCAUCCAUCCGCUAAAAAGGUUCCUACCUACUUUUCAUCGGCCUGAUAUUAAGCCAAACGCUAAACCAUUUCCAAUGUCAUCAAGGACCCACCAGUCAACUGUCGUGACCGCUAAGUUGAAUAAGCCAAUAGAUGGUGUGAGUGAAGAGCUGAACUUGAUUGCUUCGCAAAAUUUAGACCAUGCACCAGCUCGCAGAAGGGUUCGGUCAGCUUUCGUUCAAGUGCAACAGGAGCUUGAUCACCCACUUUUCAAGAUGACACCUCCUGGGAAGACAUACGAGUGGUAUGAAAGGAAUUCUAGAGGUUUGGAAAUUUUUUGCAAAAGAUGGAUUCCGGAACCUGGAGUUCGAAUGAAAGGCGCUGUGUUUUUUUGCCAUGGUUAUGGUGAUACCUGUACCUUCUUCUUUGAAGGUAUUGCAAAACGAAUUGUUGCAUCUGGAUAUGGUGUUUAUGCUUUGGACCAUCCUGGUUUUGGCCUAUCUGAAGGAUUGCAUGGUUACAUACCAAGCUUUGAUGAAUUAGCUGACAAUGUUAUUGAACAGUACACAAAAAUAAAAGGACGUCCUGAGUUAAGAGGGUUGCCCUGCUUCUUACUGGGGCAGUCCAUGGGAGGAGCUGUUGCUCUCAAAGUUCAUCUAAAAAAACCACGUGCAUGGGAUGGCAUAAUCCUUGUAGCCCCUAUGUGUAGAAUUGCAGAGGAUGUUCAGCCCCCAGCACCAGUUCUUAAGGCAUUAAUUCUUCUUUCUAAAGUUAUGCCAAAAGCAAAGCUCUUGCCACAGAAAGAUCUAGCAGCACUUUGCUUCAGAGACCUGAAGAAAAGAAAAAUGGCCGACUAUAAUGUUAUCUGUUACAAUGACCAAAUGCGAUUGAAAACUGCUGUGGAGCUCCUAAAUGCUACCAAGGAUAUUGAGAAACAAGUGGAAAAGGUUUCAUCCCCAUUGUUGAUUCUUCAUGGAGCUGCUGAUAAGGUGACAGAUCCUUUAGUUAGCCAGUUUCUCUAUCAGAAGGCCUCUAGCAAAGACAAAACGCUAAAGCUCUAUGAAGGGGCCUAUCACAGCAUUCUUGAAGGGGAGCCUGAUACCAAAAUCUUUGCAGUCUUCGAUGAUAUUAUUGCGUGGCUUGAUUCCAGAUGCUCGGCUAAGUAAAAUAUUCUUUCCAUGCUACAGUUCUCUAUGCGAUUUCCUCGCCCUGCCUCUGGCUAUUGGGAUAGUCACCCGUUCCCAACCAAUUUUUCAAAUUUAGUUAACAAUGCUAAUUUUUAGGAGGAUCCGGAAACCAAGACAAAUUUCAGUUCAGUCAAUGGUGUUUGUUCAUUGAGAAUUAUGAAGUAUAAUGACAGAUUGCUAGGUUGGUACUUCAAAUGAUGUUCAUGGAUAGCUAUAGCAUAACACACAGAAGAUCAAAUAAAAAUGGCUGUACUCAAAACUUAUAUAGGUUAUUCACCUUCUGGAUUAUCGUAAUCGUAUUGGCUUCAUUGGAAUAGCA